AAAAUCCCCUUGUGCACCAGGUGCAUGGACAGCGCUUGGUAGCUCAUCGCGCCGAUCCCGGGCAUGUACACAUUCAGCAGGUUGUUCAUACUCAGCGGCUUCUUCCUGCGCUUCCGCUGCAGCACCAACGGCAGAUGCACCCGAAACUUGGCCCGCGAGGUGCGUCGUUUGUAGCGGAAUUCCUGCAGAUAGAGGGAAUUGACUUCAUUCAAUCCGGAGUUGCGCCAGAACGGGAUCUCCUUCUCGGUCUCAUAAUGCAGCGCUGUUCCGUUGGCCUGCACCGCACCGUUCUCCUUUUCAUGCUCCAUCAUGCCCAGCACCCGAAUAGACCAGGUAAAUCCAAUAAAAAGGGCGAAAUGAUCGCCAUUCAAGUGGAAAAUAAAUCGUUGUAUUUCAUUGUUGCGCAGUUGUAAAUUCUAAAUUGCCGUGAUGAACAGGUUGCUGUCUGGCACACUGGCUACGGAGUACAGGGAAGUGUGGAUACUGCGGCAGGUAUAUUUGGCUGCGGGUUUAACGUUCUGUUUGUUCGGGAAUUCAUCCGAAAAGCUGCAGCGUGGAAUCGUGGAUUAACUCGGCGUUUGCGUAUCCAUGUCACACCUGGUAAACCGGCUCAUCGGUAAAUAUGUGCCGUAAUAAUCCGAUUAAUCCAAACAAACAAAUUAACUUAGUCGCAGUGCUGUUUCCCAGUAGUCUCGAUACAUUUUUCUACGAAUAGUACAGAGAACCAAUGCGACGGAUUUGUGCAUUGUAAUGUAUAAUCGGCAAAUUAAAUAUUUUUGUCAACGCUUGAGCACCGGCAAUGUCAUGUAAAGCAUAACCUUACACUAGAUUAACUUUUCCAACCAUUUUUUUAUCAAUCUGUAACGCGAUACUGGCCGGAGUUGGUCAAAAUCACUAGCGAUGACGGUAAUCCGCUCCACAUUUAUUUUUUGCUCCGAGUAUUUUCAGUGUAUAGUCAUUUGAAAGGGUAUGAUGCUCGAUGUGCGGCAUUACUUACAAUAUUGUCACGGCAAAUUUGAAAUUUGAAAUGAUAAUGACGUUAAUUUACCGAUAAUAAAUAACUUAAUGCGGGUGUUUUCCCCACGGUGUUGAAAAUGCAAAUGAUUUGCGCAUUCCCGUUAAUGUUAUUGAUGGGAAAAUCUCUCCGCUAUCGCGUUAGGAUGUUUAUGCAAUGUAUAACACGAUUGUCAGCAGUUUUUUGUAAUUAUUUUUCACAUAUCUUUCAUGAAAUUUGUAAAUGUCGAUGGAAUUUGUUUAUACAGUUUGUUAUUUGUUUGCCGUUCUUGCCCACUGCAGUAUUUUCUCAUCUCCAAAUGCCGAUGGAAGAAGAAAUUCCCGCUGUGCGGGUUAACUGUCGCACACCCGACCUGAUGAUCUUCCAGAUCUAUGAGCCGCGCGUGCGAGCUCUCCUGCGUGUGCCCACGGGGCGCAGUUUCAUGUUGUUCUCGGAGGAUCCGGACACCGGCCUGGCCAUCCGCAACUGCUCGGCCAAUUACACCAUCACCAGCACCGCACCCGGCUGGUCCACCUCCUUCACCUUCCUCAAUUACGCGCCGAACACAUCCUGCAUCGUCCGGUCGUUCCUGGUCGAUAAGGACAGGAUUGCCCACCACACCUACGUGGCGGAUAUCUUCCUGAAGGUACUGGCCAGUGACGACGGGGUGGGCGUGGGGAGACGCGGCCGCAUCCGGCUGACCUGCACGAUGCUGGCCAUGCAGAAAGUCCAUACGAAAAUGACCGAACUGCGAAGCGAUGUGUCGUUGCCGGUGCAAGGCAGCGUCCUGCCCAGCGGUGCCAUUUCUCCGACAGAAACCGUGGAAACCAUAUCGGAGAAACUGGAGGGAGCGCUUAUGUUGCGCUUCUUCAAACGCAUCCCCUCGUCAUUGGUCCCCGUGCCGGCUAUUUCCAUUUCCGAAGGCGAGGAAGUCUAUCUGGUCGCCGCACUCAAGACCGGAAGUCCGUUUACUGUGCUUCGGCCAAUCAACUGCACAAUCAGAUCGAUGGUCAGCGGUAGUUUCCGGAAGGACGCCUCAGCCGGCAUUGGAGAAUUCAUUCACGGUGCGAGUCGCGCCGGGAUCCUCGUUCGUGAAUCCAUUAUUCUGGAAAAUGGAUGUCAAUCGGAGCAUGCGCAAUGGUUUAUGCCGACCCGGCCAGCCGGUACGACUGAACAGCGGAUGUACUUCACCCGAUUUGCCGCUCCCAGCUUCACCGGAAGUCUACGACUGAACGCACGCUGCUCCAUCAAUCUGUGCAGUGCCGCCAAUGCGCGAUCCUGCUUGGAACAACCACAGCGAAUGGGUCCGACGUGCUUCACGGAAACUGUCGACGUGCCGCAGUUCCAGUUCCGCCUGGAGACCUUCACCAACAUCACGCAGUACCGUCCCCAACCCAACGUCACCGCCCCGCCCUCCCUGCGCGCCCACAACGGCCACAUGGGCAUCCCGCCAUUCACGGAUCGCCAUAUCGAGCAGCCGUGACCGGAUGCUGCAGAAUCUCAUGCUCCCCUUUAAUCUCUCCAUGGAGACGACGUAUUUCGAUAAUGUGACGCAGGUCAACGAAACCGCGCCGGACACCGGGGCGGAAGUGCAGCAGGAAGUCAAAUACUGUUUCCUACAGAAGACGGUGACGAUGGCCACCGUGAUGGUGGUGGUGGUGUUGAUUUUAAGUUUGGUGCUGGUGCUGUUUGCGGUGUUAAGUCAUUGCCGGAGGCGGCGAGUGCAUGCGGGGAUCACGGUGCAUUCUGAACGUCUAACUGACCACUGAUUUAUUGUCUAAUUUUAUCACCAGUUGGUAUGAAAAAAUAAUGAGUUGAUAAAACAAACAAGAAUUAUCGGCGUCAUAUUACGUAUUAUCAACUAAUAUACAAUACAUAUUACAAGAAUAUUAAUCAUUGUUGUUUCCUCACAUCAGAGUCACAUGUACC